AUGCAGAGGGGUGGGACGACGCAGAGGUUGGAGAAGUUCGGGCAUGAGCAGGGGAUCGAGCCCCUAGCUCUCACCUGCGGGUGUUUCUGUCAGUGGUUGGUGGAUCGAGGGGAUCCAGAGGAGAGCGCCGGUUGGGUAGGUUCGCAGGCGACUGUCCGGUGGCUGAAAUCGAGGAGAGGUGGGUGGAAGGAUCAGACAGAUGCCGAGGAAGGGGGAGACCAGCUGGAGAACGCGGCCUCGUCCUACUCCUGGUGCGUCACUGGCUUCUCGCUGGCGGCGCUCAACAACGCGCUCCUCGUGGGCGUGCCGCUGCUGGACGCCAUGUACGGCAAGUGGGCGGGCGACAUCAUCGUGCAGCUCUCGGUCCUGCAGGUCGUCGUGUGGUUCCCGCUGAUGCUCAUCGUCUUCGAGGCGAGGCAGGCCUGGCUGGAUGUGACCUCGGAGCCGGCUGAUGCUGAUCAAGGCGCGCGCGAAGAAGGCGAUCUGUCGGCGCCGGCCGGAGGCGCGCGAGAAGACGGCAGCCAGGCGGCGUUGGGGAGCGACUUCGAAUGGCCGGCACAAGGUGAAAGCGGCCGUAAGACGGCGGCGACAGGGUGCGCGUUCUGGGCGCCGCUGCUGCGAGCGGUCGGGGUGAAGCUCGCCCGCAACCCCAACGUGUACGCCAGCCUCCUAGGGGUCGCGUGGUCUUCCGUUGCAUGUGUUUGCAAUCAUAUACUAUGUAGGUGGCACCUGAAGAUGCCAAGCAUCAUAGAUGGCUCGAUCGCGAUCAUGUCAAAGACCGGCAUUGGAAUGGGAAUGUUCAGCAUGGGCAUGUUCAUAGGACUACAAGACAAGUUUAUCGUGUGUGGACUAGGCUGGUCCAUGUUGAGCUUGGUGUUGAGGUUCAUUGCGGCUCCAGCCGCCACCUUAGCUGGAGCCCUAAUUUUAGGACUCCGAGGUGACCUUCUACGUGUUACUAUCUUACAGGCUGCAUUGCCACAGUCUAUAGGAUCAUUUGUCUUCUCGCGAGAAUACGACUUGCAUUCUGGCGUACUUAGUACCGCGAUCAUAAUCAGCACAUUGGCAUCACUGCCUGUGUUAACCGCAUAUUAUCUUGUUUUAGGGCUCGUAAUAUAG